AUGGAUCCUUCUGUGUAUGAGGCCGCAGAAUCGGGCGAUGUUGGUUUUUUCAGAAGAGCUAGACAUGGUGAUGUAUCAAUUCUCCAUCAGAAAACCCCCGCUCACAAAAAUAUUUUUCAUAUUGCAGCUGAAUACAAACAAAUACAUUUCUUCAGAGAUGUCCUAUUCGAUGAUCAAUCCUUGCUAUUUUGGGCUGACAAUAAGAAGGGCAACACUCCUCUCCACGUAGCUGCGAGAGUAGGCUGUGAUGAAGUUGUACAGUUCCUCAUUGAACACGCAAAGAAACUUCUGCAUAUGGAACGAGCUGAAGAGGAAAGAGGACCAAAUGGUGAAGCUAACAAACUACUUCGUAUCACUAAUUUGCAAGGAGAUACAGCAUUUCAUGUUGCUGCUAGAAACGGUCACGUUGGGGUGGUGAAUUUGUUAAUGGCUGCAGAUCCUGGGUUGUGUUGUUUGACUAAUUUUAAGAAGGAGUCCCCUUUAUUCUUGGCUACUCGGCAUGGCUUUCCGCUCGUAACUCGGUCAAUUUUAAAUGACUGUCCAAUAUCUCCUUCUUUUAGAGGGUUGAAAGGUGUCACAGCUUUGCAUGUUGCGGUAACUUGUAUGGACGAAGAAUCGGAAGGUAUUGUGGAGACUAUGGUGUCCAAAUAUCCAGAUAUAAUAAAAAGGGCUGAAGAUCAACUUGGGUGGACUCCCUUACACUACGCAGCAUUGAGAGGGAACCUUGAAGCAACUCAACUGUUGAUGCAACGUGAUAGUUCUGUUUCUUACAUCUUGGACAAAUCUGGAAUGUCAGCUCUCCAUGUCGCGGCCUAUGCAGGUCACACUGAUGUAAUGGAAGAGAUGAUUCGGUGUCGGCCAGAUAUUUGUGAUUUGGUCAAUCAUUAUGGCCAAACGGCUCUACAUGCUGCAGUUUUAGGUGGACGAACAAAUGUCAUCAUGCAUUCACUGAGCAUGUCUAAGCUUGCAGAACUAAUAAAUGAAGCAGAUGCAGAUGGAAACACUCCGUUGCAUCUGGCUGCCAUCAAGAAAAAUCCUGAAAUUAUAAGAGCGUUGACAGGCGACCCUAGAGUGGACACGAUUGCUACCAAUAGGAAAUUCUCACAGGCUACGACAUUUGUCUUAGCCAGAAUAUUGGAGAACAGGAAAUCUUCGGUAGUAGUAGUCGUAGGGUUUUGGACAAUUUCAUUGGUCUUCCAUAUUUCCAUCGCCAAAUCAGACGUGAUUUCUGGAACCUUCCCGAGAAGGAUACCAUUGAACGCGAGAAAGAAAAGCUGCAAAGACGUGAAUUUAGACUACUGGUAGCAAC